AUGACGUGGGGCGUGCAAAACACCGAAGCCGAGGCGCACGAGCAGUUGGAUUACGCCAUCAAACAACGAGGCGUGAACUUCAUCGACACCGCGGAGAUGUACCCGGUCCCUAUGAGUGAUCCGAGUUGGAUGCCGGGAACGACGGAGAAGUUUAUUGGGUCUUGGUUGGCGAAGAAUUCGAGCGCCGUGCGCGAAGAUGUCGUGCUGGCGACGAAGAUUGCUGGGUUCGGCGCGAGCGCGAAAAUCGUCGGCAAUAGGCGUCGCGAAGAGACGACGGCUACGGGGAGAUUAGAUCGCGCAUCGAUCAAGUCCGCGUGCGAUGCAAGUUUGGCGCGAUUACAGACGGACUAUAUAGAUUUAUACCAAAUACAUUGGCCCGAUCGAUACGUCCCCAUUGGGGCUUUUUUUGGGUCGCCGGCAUACAAUCCCGCGCUCGAGAGAGCGGACGCGGUGCCGAUUCGCGAAUCCGUCGAGGCGCUCGGCGAGCUCAUAAAGGCUGGGAAAAUCAAGCACUACGGCCUCUCGAACGAAAGCACAUUCGGAGUGUGCGAGUUCGUUCGCGCGGCGGAUGAACUCGGCGUACCUCGACCGGUGUCGAUUCAGAAUUCGUUCUGCUUGUUACAUCGCGGCUUCGAAACCGAACUCGCCGAGGCGUGCGCGCCGUCAAACUUCGACAUAGGUCUUCUUCCGUGGACGCCCUUGGGUGGCGGAGCGUUGACGGGAAAGUACCUGGACGGCGCUUCGAACGCAGCUGAAGGUCGCUUGGUCAAGUACGCGAAAUACGGCUUCCAUCAGCGGUAUUUGAACGACCCAUCGAGAGUCGCGACGGCGGAGUAUAAGAAGAUUGCCGACGAAGCCGGCGUAACGCUCGCGACGCUCGCGUUGGCGUGGUGUAAAUCGCGAUUUUACGUCUCCAGUACCAUCAUCGGUGCCACCUCCAUGACCCAGCUCAAGGAGAACAUCGAUGCGUUUGGGCCCGACAUCGUCUUGAGCGAAGAGACGCUCGUCGAGAUCGAUCGCGUGCACGAGCGUUGUAGGGAUCCAAGCAUCAUGUCAGAUUUUUCCUAG